CACAUAGGCACAUACAGCAUACGUGUAAUUCCCACAUCAAUUUUGUUCCCCUGUAGUCUCCAACCCUCGUCUUGUUUGUGGAAGAGAACGUUCUAGAAAGAAAAGAACCUAAAAACUGAGAAGCGAAAAACUUUAACUUUGUGAGAGAGAGAGCGAGAGAGGGAAAGGUAAACAAUCAUGGAGGAAAUGGCAGGGGAAGCAACAAUGGUAGAGCAGGUGGUACUUUCUCUGGAGCAAGCCACGCACAUGGCCAAACAGCUCCACACCACCACCGACCCGACUCACCUCCUCCAAAUCUACACUUCCCUCCACCAAGCUCACCACCAUCUCUCCGCCUUCCUCUCCAAAACCCAACUCCCUCUUCCGCCUCCUCUUCUUUUUCCUCCGCCUCCUGCCGCCGCCGCUAACUCCCUCUCCUCCGCAACCGGUGCCGCCACAGCUACCGUCGCCGAUGGCAACGAUACCCAACCGAUGCAGAUCAUGGAUGGUGAUGAUGAUGCAGUGGAAGAAGCUGGAGAGAAUUCGAAGGGCACGCUUGAUAAGGUCGAGGAGAAGAUGCGGGAUUUCUUUAUAAGGAAUAAGCGGCCGAAGCGAUCGUUAUCGCCUUCGGCGGUAGCUGAGGAUAGAAGGCUGUACGAUGAUGGGUAUGCAGUGGGAGUGAAGGGUUUUGAUCCUCACGCGACGAGGUUGAGGGCUUUGGACCUUGUCUACCAGUUUCAUGGCUAAGGGAGCAAAGGAGGUUGGAGAAACAGAGCAAAAACAGGGCAGGAAUAGAGGAAAUCUCCAUUGCCUAUGCUAUGAACAGACCUUAGAGAAGUGAUUUUUGGGCAGUGUGGAUUAACUUAUUAAAUGCAGCCUUUAUUUUUUAUGUGUGAUGGGGGCUGGUUUUACAUUUCAAUUGAUUUCUCAAAUGAAAUAGGGACGAGAAUGGGUUAUGGUAAUUAUUGGUCACUUUCGAUAGUACAACGUCAGGAACACGUUGAAUGAGCAGCAAGUUCUUGAACUCACUCUAGUAAACCCAACCCAAAAUGUUAAGGAUUUUUGCUUGUAAAUUGUUUGAUAUUCUUUUAAGAGUA